CCUUCGUUUGUCAGGCAUUAGCUUAGCACCCGGAAAAUGCGCAGAAAUUGUGUCGCUUGUUGAUUGCGUCACCUGUAUGCGCAUCCAUACACGAGGGGAGAAAACCGACUCAGCUGUAGUCUCAACUUUUAAACAUGGGGAAGCAGAAAACAAAGAAGUUUGCUGUGAUGAAGAGAAUGAUCAAUCUGAAAGAUAACAGAAUAAAAGAGAAGGACCGAGCUAAAGCAAAAGAGAAAAAGAAGAAAGAUCCCUCAGAGCUUAAGGAAAGAGAGGUUCCAAAGCACCCAUCAUGCCUGUUCUUCCAGUACAACACUCAGCUUGGUCCACCAUACCACGUUCUUAUCGACACAAAUUUCAUCAACUUCUCCAUCAAGGCCAAAUUGGACAUCGUUCAGUCUAUGAUGGACUGCCUCUAUGCAAAAUGCAUCCCAUAUAUCACAGACUGCGUGAUGGCUGAGAUUGAGAAGCUUGGAAUGAAGUACAGAGUUGCACUAAGGAUAGCCAAGGAUCCAAGGUUUGAGCGCUUGCCGUGCACACACAAGGGAACAUAUGCUGAUGACUGUUUGGUCCAAAGGGUAACACAGCACAAGUGUUACAUCCUGGCUACUGUGGACAGAGAUCUGAAGAGAAGGAUCAGGAAGAUCCCCGGGGUGCCCAUCAUGUACAUCUCAAACCACAGGUACAAUAUUGAGCGGAUGCCUGACGAUUAUGGUGCUCCAAGGUUUUAAUAUCGCUACAAACUGAACCGGACCUGUAAAUACACGGACAUUUCCUGUUUGAUAUUGCUUUCCUUUUAUAUAUUUCAAGAAUAUUGUGAGUGGGUUUUGAAGUCUGAUUUAGUCAGGAUGGGGAGCAUUUGAUCUAACUGCAAAUCACUUUAAGUUUUGUUAUGCUUAUGAACCAUUUUGCGAUGAGAAUAAAUGAGUUGUUGAAAUGCA